AUGGCUCUUUCGUCUUUUGACGAAAGUGUUAGUGAUAAAGUUUCGGAGACGGGAAAUAUUGAAAAUGGACGGUCGAUUUUGUUCACUGACCCUGGGGUUCAAAACUCAUUCGUCGCCAGUCCAACAAUGGAAGAACCACCAGCGCGCCGGAGGACAAUGUCCCAACCAGGACCUAUAUCUGGAAGUCUCCAGACCGCUAUAGCUGCACGCGCGAAGCGGCGAUUGCGUAGCGUCAUGUACGCUGAUGAUGCUGAAGUAAGCCCGGACAAAUUGAAUAAGCUAAGUGUGGUCAUCAGAGAUGAUUAUUCCAUACCACCUGCGACACCUGCUAGCGAAAGAAACAGUCAAAGCCCUUACAUCUAUAACAACAGAAAUGGUGACAUAAAAUCGCUAAGUAAGUAA